GUCUACCGUACACUACUUGGACGCCCAGUCUUCCCUCUUGGACCCUUGGACCAGCUAUAACAUCACCCACUCCCCGCAACGACUAGGACCUGUUUAUUCGGGUUCCCGCCCCACGAAAUAGUCUCCUUCAUACACCACUUGAUCCAGCAAUACAAAAUAAUACGAAGCUAUCACAAGAUCACUCGAUAUCGACAUCAUCUUUGCCUUCUCAACCUCUACCUAAGGUAGAUGGCUCCCGAUAUCAAUCCCCUUCCCAACACGAGCUCCACCUUUUCGAUUCCCCUCAGCGGCCAAUCCGCCAUGUCCUCUGCAAACGGAGAUGCGUCCAGCUCCGCCGUUUCUCGAGGCGACUCACCUGCCGGUUCUCCACGGUCCAUGUCCACUUCGCUACAGGCGGCUGCGACCCUCAACGCCGGUCUUCAACGUGAAUGGGAACCCGUUCGACGGUCUUCCAGCAGUUCACUCUCCAGACAACGAUCUCCCAGCGCCAGCCGACGACGAUCCACCGUCCUCAUGAACCUACAGCACAAUGACCCUGCCGUCCCCGGGCCGGGCGAGUUGGUUUCUGAGAACCAACGUGGCCGACGGGGAAGUUUUGUUGCGGCGGUCACUGGCAGCCCGCAGCUCAUGUCGGGAUCUCCACGCCUGUCGGCUGCGGGGAGCUCUCAGCACCAUCGCACCCUUAGCCUAGGCGAGCUUCAUCAGGAGCUCGAGGCCGAACAAGAAGCCCAAGUGAACCGUCUUCUCCAAACAAUUCGCCAACAGCAGGUCCAACUCCAGCAAGCUCAAGGCCAGCAAGGGGGUAGCGGAUCAGCGGCUGCCGACGACUCUCCCAUCAUGUCGGAGCGGUCCAACCAAGGCACGCCGGCGCCGCAGUGGCUGUCGAACUCGCAGUCGCAAUCGGCGACCCCCAGCCUUCCGGCCGGAUCCUUUUCCCGGUCGCCGGGCCCUAGUCAUCAUCCGCGCAGCUCGUUCGACAUAGCACGGGCGGAUAUUCAACGGCGGUCUAGGACGCCGAGCCGGGGAGUUUCGCCGCGGGUCAGGUCGGGGUCCAUCAGCGGCGAAAGCGAUCAGUGGACGCUUGGGCGCGACGAGGCGGCUCUUUAUCAGGCCGAGACGCAGAUGCUCAUCCGCGAGAAUCAAAUGCUCCGACACCGCAUGCGCGAUCUAGAACGUCAGCUCGGCGAACUGGGUGGACCUGUGUCUGGCUCCCAUGGAAACCCCAACGAGCCUGUGUUUGCGUCGAGUCUGGUGCGCUCGACGACCGUUGAUGACGACGAGAGCUCGCCGGCGCAGAUUAGUACCACGGAGCGUACGGCGGCUGCGGUCCAGUCGACAAAGUCUUGAGACAUUGGAGAUACGACGCCAACAGAAGAUGAUGUACAUUUUAUUCAACACAGCAUGGAUGACUGGCGUUUGGGCGAGGAAAUGAAAUGCCUUUUUUCUUUUCUUUUCUUCUUACACUCGGGCAGGUAGUUUUUCAACAACAGGGACAUACGAGGAGGCGUUCGGGGUAGUGAGGUCGAGGCGAAAUUGGGAGAAAUUCAACCUCGUGCGCAUUGGAGAGAUGUGCCUCUUGCUCUAUGACUACCUUAGCUAUGACGGCUUUUCCUUUCUCGGCUCCAUGUUGUCAUGUUGUCAUGGUAAAAGU